AUGUCUGCCAAUGUAUUCGAGACGGACGAAGGCAACAGCGCCGUGAACGACAAGAACCAGGUGCUGGUGGCCGGCGACGAUCCCAUUGACUCGGAUGACGAGUUGGAUCAACUCAUGGAAGAUUUUGAGAUGAGCGAGAGCGACGACGAGGACGACGGCGAGCAGGAAGAGAAGCUCUUCCUCUCAUCCUCGGAAGAAGAGUACGACGAGGACGGCAUCCCCAUAGAGGAUGACUAUGGUGACAACUACGACUUCAGAGAUGCUCUUCGAAGUGCUGGUAACUUUCGAGUCAAAAACAAGUCCAAGACCAUCACCAAGAGCACCAAGUCCUACUGGAAGCGGAAGAUGAUGCGGAGCACCAAUAGGGAACUCGACCCGGAAGUAAGGCAGAACCUUUCUCUUGCCAACGAAGCGUUCGUCAGAAACGAUUUCCAGGUGGCCAUGAACUUGUACUUGGAGGUGAUCAAGAAAGAUCCUAAGAACUUCAGUGCCUACAAAACUUUGGGUGAAAUAUACAAGCAGGAAGGACGCUUGAAUAAGUGUUGUAAUUACUGGUUGCUUGCAGCCAAUAUCCACCCCUGGGACUCUCAGUUCUGGUCUAACGUGGCCGAAUUGAGUACCGAAUUGGGCCACAUCGACCAAGCAAUUUACUGUUACUCCAGAGCAAUCAAUUCCAACACCUCCAAAAGCUCUAGAUAUAUCCUCGAAAGAGCAAUCUUGUAUCGUGAAAAGAAACAGUACGGAAGGGCUUUGGAAGGGUUCCAAAGAGUGCGUCAAUUAUAUCCUACAGAUUCAAACAUUGUUAAGAACUUGGCAAGUGUGUAUGUUGAACAAAAGAGAAUCAAUGAUGCAAUCAACUUAUACAUGAAAAUAUUGGAUUACAACAUCAAUCCUUCGAACACUAACCAAGCUGGUACCCCUCAACAGAAACAGCCUAAGUUCGGGUGGGCAGAGUUGAACAUCUUACUUGAAUUGUACAUACAACAACACUCAUGGAGAAAUGGUAUCAAAGUCACCAAAAUUGUUGCCAGAUGGAUUCAAGAUAGAACCGACGAAAAGUGGUGGGAUGACAAUGAUGAUGAUUCAGAAUUCGACCAAAAGAGAAGGUUUGAAUUCAUCGAUAAGUUAUCUGACCCUAAAACUAGAGAGGUUGCUAUCAAAAAAUUUUAUGAUCUACCUAUCGAUAUCAGAUUUAAAAUUGGUACUUUGAGGCUUGGAUUAGGCCAUAAAGACGAGGCCAUGAGGCAUUUUGAAUUUUUGUUGGACGAAACAGAUGAUAUAAGUGAUUUGUAUUUUGAAACCGGAAAAAUCUUAGAAGAGAAUGGUUACUUCGAAGAUGCUUUACAAUUCUUGAUAAAAGCAGCCCAAAAUGAAGAAUUCGAAGGGUCCACAGAAUUAAUUAUCUUGCUAGGUAAAUGUUUCCUUGAAACAGAAGAUUAUGUCCAAGCAAAGCAAGCAUAUGAAUCAUUGUUGUCCAUUGAUAAGGAUAAUUUGGAUUACAAAAUUUCCUUAGCAGAAGCGGAAUACCAUCUUGGGAAUACCGAACAUGCGAGAAUAUUAUUGGUUGAGGUCGCUGCAAAAAGAGGCAAAGAGGAUAGAGCCAAAUCAGAUAAAGGCGACGCGGAAUCUGAAGGCGAAGAUCAUAUUAUGGAUGGUGAUCAUGAUGACAUUUUGAACAAUUCUUCCCUUAUUCGAAAUGAGAAACUCACAGCUAGAUCUAAGAAACUUACAGACCAGGAGAGAUUUGAAUUCGAAAAUAAUGCAAAAAAGAAAGUACUUGAGAAGUACAGAAGUAUGAAGAGGCUAGAAGAAUCCAUUAAUAGUGAAGCAGACGAAAAGAUUGCGAUAAAGACUUGGAUUCAAUUGGCAUAUCAACUUUUGGAAAUUUUCAUUGGAGUCAAAAGCUUUUUUCCCAGAGACAAGAAUAGACAGUUCAAAGGUAUUAUUCUUUACAGAAGGAAACAAGAUUUGGGUAUAGAUGAAAAGUUAGCGAGAGUUUACAAUCUUUACGCAGGAAUUGGUAAUGAUGGAAAUGAAAAUUACUCUCGUCAAUUCUUAACAUCCAAAGUUGAGUACAGAGGUAUUUCAUACGAUGAAUGGUUUAAGAUAUUUACGCAAUAUGCUAUUCUAGUCUUGAACUAUGAUCAUGAUUAUGAAAAUGCUAAUCAAAUGAUUGAAAUAUCAAUGAAUGUUAGUGUAUUCAUUCAAGACAAGGUUAAAGAAUCAAUGUUGAGACUUGUCAAGCUUAUUAUUGGGUUAAAAAAGAAUGACAUGAAUAUUAUCACUACAUUCAUACGUUACUUUUUAAUUACCAACCAAUUUUCUCCUUUCAUCUAUAAAUUUUUCAUGUGUUGCUUCUCGUCAGGAAUGGUUUCGUGGGAGCAUUUCACAAAUUACAACCACCAGAAGUUCUUUUUAAGACAACUUAAAGCGUUCGACUCGAUUAUAACUGGGAAAAAGAUCGUUGGUAUGGCUACAAUCACUUCUGAUGUCAAGGAUAUUUCGUUUAAGAAUGAUCAUAUUGAUUUACUUUAUGUCUAUGCGAACCUUUUGGGAGGAAGUAGAAGUUAUAUUUCAUCUAUCGUCUAUUUAAAUCGUGCCUACAAGGAAUAUAAUCAGGACCCAAUGGUUUGUCUUAUGUUGGGAUUGGCUCAUGUGCACAGGUCAAUGCAGAGGCUUUCUACAAAUAGACAUUUGCAGUUACUUCAGGGUGUUAGCUAUCUUUUGGAAUACAAGGAAGCCACCGAGAAAGAAGCUACUGAUUAUGAAUUACAAGAAGUUCAGUACAAUUUUGGAAGAUUCUUUCAUAUGAUUGGAUUAACUUCACUAGCUGUUGAUUUCUACGAGAAAGUGUUGGAGUUCAAUGGCAAGAUCGAUGUUGCCUACGAUUUGUCAGUUGAAGCAGCAUAUAACUUGGCCUUGAUCUACAACAUAAAUGGAAAUUCCUUAUUGGCCAGAGACUUGACAGAAAAAUAUUUAACUAUCUGA